GAGACCCCGGAUCGAACCUUGCGUUCGGCUUCUACCUACGAAGUAGUAGUGGAGGGCCGCAACACCAGAAGCCCACCCAGACAAAACAUCAGCGCCAGGCCACGAUCCAUACCUGAUGAACCCCAGGCUGACGUCCCCCAGCAGCAAGCCCGAGGCAGGAGAAGCACCAAGCGGCCUGAGGUGUCGUUGACGUCCAGAACAGAGCGGGGGAGGAGCACGGGUUCGGCUUCCGUGCUGUGGUGGCGUGGGUGGAGAGACCCAGGUCAGGCUUGAGCAGGCAGGCCGCUAGUUACCCGCGUUCGUGCCCCGGUCACAGGGCGCGCUUGGUGGUACAGCAGCGGACGGCAGUGGGUGGAGGGUCCCUGGGCAGCCACUUCAGCCCGCUUCUUCGGCUCCAUUUAUAAGUGUCACCAUGCCGCCAAACAACAGUCAGCUGUCCCGCCCAGACCUCCAUGGCCACCGUCUUUGGUCCGGCCUGUCCGUCACCUCGAAGCGCUCCUUUCGCUCCCACACCUCGUCCUUCGAGGCAGACGACGAGCGCUCCUCGACCGACGGCGACAUGAGUCCGCCGAGAAGCAGCGAUGGUGACGGCGACGGCGACGGCGAUGACGCGCUGGGCCGGCGCCUAGCGGACGUGGACCGGUAUGCCGGCCACGACGCCCGUCCCACGAGCCGCAAGGAGCUGAGGGGCUGGUACGCGUACUCUUUCGCGGCAGAGACAUACGUGGUCUGCGGCAUUGGUAUGACUGUCUACGACACCUGGAAGAUGGCUUCACACUGGCCGUGCGCGCAAGCCCGCGUGGGCGAAGGCUAACAUGAGGUCCCAGGCUCCUUCAUCCCCAUCCUGCUCGAGUCGCUCGCCCGCGAAAACGGCGUCCUGCUCUCGGACCCCAGCAAGCCCUGCGGCUCCAGCGACAGCAAGGGCGAGGACGAUGGGCAGUGUGUCGUCUACGUCCUGGGCGUUGAGAUCAACACGGCGAGCUUCGCCAUGUACACGUUUUCCGUGAGCGUCCUGCUGCAGGCCCUGCUCGUCGUGAGCAUCAGCUGCGCUGCGGACCACGGCAACUACAGGAAGAAGCUGCUCCUUGCAUUUGCUUGGAUCGGUAGCUUUGCCGUCAUGGCCUACAUCCUCGUCAGCAAGGAGACGUACCUACUCGGCGCCAUCCUCACCAUCAUAUCAAACACCUCCUUCGGGGCGUCAUUUGUGCUCCUCAACUCCUUCCUCCCGCUACUCGUCCGCCACCAUCCAGAGGUUCUGGAGGCUCAGGCCAGCAGGUCCUCGGGCCGGAACGGUGUCGAGCCCGAGCUGCGACGGGUCGACAGCUCCACGGACGAUCUGGAGCCAUCUCUGGCCAACUCGAGAUCCGGCCUCUUGCCCGACGAAGCAGCAGCUGCUGCAUCAGAACGGCAGUCAAAGCGCGCCGUUACGCAAUCGGACAUCACGUCCAAGGAGCUCGAGUGGUCGACGCGCCUUUCCGCGACGGGUCUGGGUAUCGGCUACCUCGCGGCGCUCACGGUCCAGUGCAUCUCCAUUGGGAUCCUGCUCAGCAUGAAGAACACGACCUGGUCGCAGCGCGUUGUGCUGUUCUUCAUUGGAUCGUGGUGGGCCGUCUUCACCAUUCCCGCUGCGCUGUGGCUCCGGCCGCGCCCCGGGCCGCCGUUACUGGCCGGCGACCGCAAGAAUCGACUGUCGUGGAUUUCCUACUUCACUUACGCAUGGAAGUCGCUAUUCCGCACGAUCCGACUGGCCCGGCGCCUGGCCGACAUCAUGCUGUUCCUCGCAGGCUGGUUCCUCCUGUCGGACGCCAUCGCCACGACGUCGUCGACGGCCAUCUUGUUUGCCAAGACGCAGCUUCACAUGCGGCCGUGGGCGCUGGGCAUGAUCAAUGUCAUCGUCACGCUGACGGGAGUCGUUGGUGCCUUUGGCUGGUCGUGGAUGUCGCGCCUGUGCGGGCUCAAGACGCACCAGACCAUCCUAGUGUGCAUUGGUCUCUUUGAGCUGAUUCCGCUGUACGGGCUCAUGGGCUACCUACCAUUUGUCCAGAGAUGGGGGGUCCUGGGCCUGCAGCAGCCAUGGGAGAUGUAUCCUCUGGCGGCGAUAUACGGCAUUGUCAUGGGCGGGCUGAGCAGCUACUGCCGGUCUCUGUACGGCGAGCUGAUACCGCCAGGGUCGGAAGCCGCCUUCUAUGCGCUCUACGCCAUCACGGACAAGGGCUCCAGUGUGUUCGGCCCAACCAUUGUUGGCGCCAUCAUCGACAGGACCGGGAGCAUCCGCCCUGCCUUUUGGUUCCUGGGCGCCUUGGUUGGGUUGCCGGCUCCGCUCAUAUGGUUCAUCAACGUGGAGCGCGGUCGCCGGCAAGGCCACAAGCUUGCGGAAACGAUUGAAGGGUUUUCGCCGUUGGUGGAUGAGGACACGCAAGACGAAGCAGAGAGGCGCGGCAUGAUGGCUGACUAUGACGAGGAUGGCUAGAGGUCUACCAUCGUCCUCAGGGCCAUGGGGCCAGUGUCGGUUCUUGAUUGAGCAUAGCGAUGGCGUUUGGUGGUGUUUUUGUUGUUCAGAGCGAGGUCUACUGCCUAGUUCUCGUCUCGUAAUACUGCGUGCGAGUUGAUUUGAGUGGACAGGGGGCCAGACGCAGGGGGGGGGCCAGAUUCGACCAACCGCGCCGUGAUUCCGAGGAAGCCGUGUUAGUCCUGUUUGGUUUUUGCGCUUGUUGCUUGGGCGAGCAUAAAGUAAAGUAUUUUGUACAGUAAAACAUUGUACACCCAUCCACGAACGCACUCGAUGUCGUUCUUUCAUGCCAAAAAAAAAAGGCAAUGUGCCGAGUCAAGCGG